AUGGAUAAGGUACACAGUGCGCUGGAUUUCUGCUUCCAUCACCAGACCGUUCUGGGUUACAGCCUUGUAUCCCUGCUGACGGCUGCCAGUGAGCACAUCUUCUUGACUGUGUUGUUCAAGUGUCCCUGCAAUUCUGCGAACAUGCUGUACGGCUCCGUCUUCCUCAUCGUGCCUGCCUUCAUCCUCUUUCUGCUCGGCUGCAUGGCAAACACCAGGGCACAGCACCUGCUGACAGGCACCUGCCCUCCAGAGAAGGGCUGCAGCCGCAUCCCCUGGAGAACCUUCACCCGCUACUGCCGGCUGCUGCUGCUGGUGGCUGCCAAAGCCUCGGUGGCUCCCCUCACCUGGAUCGCGGUGGCCCUGCUCAGGGCCAGCUUCUACGUGUGCGCGGCCAGCGGGAACAGCCUGCUGAAGAACCUCGUGUGUAAAGAUAAAGGGCAGGAGUGCCACAGCCUGCUGGCCAAAAUACCCUGUAACGAGCAGUUAUCAGAGGCGAUAUCGAGUGAAUUCCUCAGCCUUCAGGCACAGUCACAGCUGUUAGGAUGGCUCCUGAUAGCCGGCAUCAUGACUGCGGCACUGAUUGCAACAUGUGUCAGCCGCUGUUACUCCCCGGUUAGCUAUCUUCAGCUCAAGUUCUGGAAAAUUUACUUGAAAAAGGAACAGGAGCUCUUUGAGACCAAGGCGAAAGAGCAUGCAACCAGGCUGGCAGAAGUCAAUAUCGAUUGCUUUUUUAAAGCUACCAAUCCAGCACCGUUUCCAACUCCCAGCAACGAAGACUGGCGGAAGAUUUCGUUCUUGUACACCUUCGAUUCCCAAGAGCAGUUUUACAGCAUGAUACACAAGUACGUUCACACAAACGGAGGCAACAGAGCCAGAUUCGGGGAAGGAGAUGACAAUCCUUCUGCUUUAAGAUUUGUGGAUGAAGCAAGGGCAAACGAGUCAGGGUUUUAA